GGACCUGGUACCCGCCAUCGAUUUUUCGUGGAAGGUGCCCAGAAAGGACGGUGAUGGACUGCGGGGCCACUACCCCCCGACCGCAGCAGCCAGCACGGGGGAGCUGAGAUGGAUCCAUCGGGAAAGGGUUGUUGCUUCGCUCUGGCUUUGGUUGUCGGAGCCGAGGCCGGGCUAGAAAAAGCGAGCGGAAGCCAUCAAGGUGGAGGAGAGGAAGCGAGGAAGAAGAAGAAGAAGAAGGGCCGAAGGGCUGGGGCGAAGCAGCCAUUAGGAAAGUGCUGAUGCAGAGGUUCCCUCGUGUCUACGGGCAGAGUUGGAGGAGUUGCUGUUCACGGACAAAGGCAGCAGGAGGGAGUGGAGCUUUGUAGAAGCCGGAGCCUGUCUCACUGGGUGUCUGUGUUUCAUUCCCUGUCAAAAGCCUGGGAGCUGGGGGAAAAAAGCAGGGAAGCGGCGAGGCUGCAGCGCUCGCUCAGGAUCAGAUAGCAAGGAAACCAAUAGCGGCGAGAAAAAAAAAAAAAAAAAAAAGAAAACCAACCCACAUCAACCAACCAACCCACCCACCCUCCACGCUGAGGCUGGAACAGGCAGGUCCCUGCCAACUCCACAGCACGCAGCAAGCAGGGAAGAAGUCCACCCUCCCCGGGCAGGAGCGGAGUUGAGCCCGAAGGAUAUUUGAUGACACUUCGACAACGAUGGGUCCCCCAGUAUCUUCCAGAGCCCAUUUGAGGGUGAAGGCUCUGAAAGCACAGAGGGAGUUUGAAGCUAAAUUCACCUGAGUCUGGAUCUCUUGGUUGCUGGGAUUUAUCUAUUUUUCUUAUUUUCUUCAGGGAGAAACCAAACCAAGAAAAAAAGCGUGGUUUUUUUUUUAAUCUCUCUCCUUUUUUUUUUUUUUAAUUUUUUUUUUUUCUUUUGGAAGAAGAUAUAUUUUUUUUUUCCCCUGUGGUUGGAAUGGAGGGGUUGGGUCUGUGCCUAAGAAGCAGCAGCCGAACGUCGGUCCUGGGAGAAACCCGAGUGGAUGUGGGGUCCCCUGCCAGCUAACUCUCCAGGACCCGCAGCCCCACGGCCGGGGGGCCUGGAUGCAGUGAGAGAGCCUCUCACAGGAUCAGCGUGGUGACGUGGCAGCCAAGACGAGGAAUUUUGGGACUUCUCUUCCACCGCAACAGAAUCUGGGGGGUGGGCAGGGGUGGGUCAGGGGGACACUGGGAAUCGCAGGACCCUUCACCUUCACUGUGGGCUUGGCUCAGGGAUGACCACAGGCAGAGUCAACCCUUACAGCAUCGUGUCCUCCGAGGAAGACGGGCUGAGGUUGACCACCAUGCCAGGUAUCAACGGCUUUGGUAACGGGAAAAUCCACACCAGGAGGAAAUGCAGAAACAGGUUUGUAAAGAAGAAUGGUCAGUGCAACGUGGAGUUCACCAACAUGGAUGACAAACCACAGAGGUACAUUGCAGACAUGUUCACCACGUGCGUUGACAUCCGCUGGAGGUAUAUGCUCUUGCUCUUUUCCCUGGCGUUUCUGGUGUCCUGGUUAUUGUUUGGGCUGAUUUUCUGGUUAAUUGCACUCAUUCAUGGAGACCUAGAAAACCCAGGUGGAGACGAUACCUUCAAGCCUUGCGUUCUGCAGGUCAAUGGCUUUGUGGCUGCUUUUCUGUUCUCCAUUGAGACCCAAACGACUAUUGGUUACGGCUUCCGCUGCGUGACGGAGGAGUGUCCGCUCGCGGUCUUCAUGGUGGUGGUUCAGUCCAUCGUGGGCUGUAUAAUUGACUCUUUCAUGAUUGGUGCAAUAAUGGCAAAAAUGGCCAGGCCCAAAAAAAGGGCCCAGACAUUACUUUUCAGCCAUAAUGCAGUAGUGGCAAUGAGAGAUGGAAAACUCUGCCUGAUGUGGAGAGUUGGGAACCUCCGUAAAAGCCACAUAGUAGAAGCCCACGUACGAGCUCAGCUAAUUAAGCCCAGGAUCACAGAGGAAGGGGAAUACAUACCCCUCGACCAAAUAGACAUCGACGUGGGGUUUGAUAAAGGCUUGGACCGUAUUUUCUUGGUGUCCCCCAUCACCAUUCUCCAUGAGAUCAACGAAGACAGCCCCUUGUUUGGGAUCAGCCGCCAGGACUUGGAGACAGAUGACUUUGAGAUCGUCGUCAUCCUGGAAGGCAUGGUAGAAGCCACAGCCAUGACGACGCAAGCUCGGAGCUCCUACCUGGCCAGUGAGAUCCUCUGGGGCCACCGCUUCGAGCCUGUCCUAUUUGAGGAGAAAAACCAGUACAAAGUAGACUAUUCCCACUUCCACAAAACCUAUGAGGUCCCGUCCACGCCGCGUUGCAGCGCCAAGGACUUGGUGGAGAACAAAUUCCUGCUGCCCAGCACCAACUCCUUCUGCUACGAGAACGAGCUGGCCUUCAUGAGCCGCGACGAGGAAGAGGAAGACGAUGACAGCCGGGGUUUGGAGGACAUCAGCCCUGACAACAGGCACGAGUUCGACAGGCUUCAAGCCACAAUAGCGUUGGAUCAACGGUCGUACAGGAGGGAGUCGGAAAUAUGACUCUUGGUCCUUCCGCUGACUUUUCCAAGGGUAUUUUUUUUCCUUCCUCUAAUCUCUUCCCCUAAAACCCGCUCAAAAUUAUGCAGAACAAUGCAAGUGCCAUAGGAAUGCUUGAGAAAUUAGUCUCGUUCAUAGUUUUCAGUUUCAUCGCAAUAACCACUGAGCGGUCUGCAGGAGGGGACGGUGGCAGCCCACGGCGCGUGUCCCGCGCCCGGCGCCCGCGGCGGGGCCGGCGGCUGCGGGGGGGAUGGACAGACGGACGGAUGGAUGGACAGAUGAAGAGAGGAGGUUCCGUGGGGCGCGAGCAGGCGCUGGCCCCACACGGCCCCGCGGGGCUUUGCUCCCCCCCGCGGGGGAAAACGCCAGCCUUGUCUUGGAGCCGAGCACUGCGAGAUCCAAAAAAGAGGAAAUAUCAGGAAACGAAUCUUACUCUCUCUUUCUCUUUCUAGUUUUUUUUUUUUUUCCUUUUAUUUUUUAACUGAGCAGCAACAACAAAAAAAAUUGCUCCUUCGGUAGGCGGUCUGGUUCAGUUGCACAAGAACAACACUUGAAAUAACAUGCAACGUUAACUUACUUCUUUUUAAUUUGGGGAAAAAACGGGGGAGGGAGGUGAGAGGGUUUUUAAUUUUUUCACCGAACCGUUUGGGAGACUGUUUACCAAAAUAAUAAUAAUAAUUAUUAUUAUAAUUAUAACAAUAAUAAUAAUAAUAAUAUUAAAUCUGAAAGAAGUCAUUCAGUAUUUUUUAAAAAUGAACAAGGGAAUGAAGAAGCCACUGGGGUCCUUUGAGGGGGUGACUUGCUGGGCAGAUGCAAGAGCUAGAAGUCAAGACUGCACCCAAUUUUGAGGUGUUUGUUUUCCACUGGCAUGGCUUCAUAGGCAGAAAACAGAUGUAAGUGACUGGAGGUCUGUGGGAGUGAAAGCAAGUAGAGGAAUUACUGGCAAAGGAGGUAAUAAGGAUAAGAAGGACUGUGAUAGAAAAAAGCAUUGUAAACACAGUAAUUAGCCAAUAUCUGGAAAUACUGAUUUUCAGGGUGGAAAUGGGGUCUGGAACAUCAGCUGCUGAGUGUUGGGUCUCCCCCAAAAUCUCUGAUGGGGAAUUCAUAAAUUCCAUCACGACUGGGACAAAAUAAUGAGAAGCACAAAAAGGAGAGUGGAAAGCUGUCCAAAUUGGGUAUUUUCCCACCUUUCCAACCAAUUUGGUACUUUUCUUCCCUGAAGAAUAUUUUUAAACAUGGAAACCAAUGUGAAAGUCAUGCUGUAGGGUUGCACUUCUUCUAACACAGGAGCCACCUCUGUGCCGGGGCUGGGAUUUAUGAAUUCCCUAUUCACCAGAAGGUCCUGCUUCAGAGGCAGAUGUUUUUCCCCAAACAAGAGAUGCCAGUCGAGAAAAUCACCCAGUCUUGAGCUUCAACCCACCCCUGUGUCCCAGCCUCAAGGUGGAUUGUGCCUUAGAGAUGCGAACUCAUCCCGCACCCCAGCCCUCCUCCACAGCACCCCUUUUGCACCCCCCCACUGGGGCACGUUUCCUUUGCUCUGCAGCACCCACAUCCCCUCAUCUGCCGUGUUUUAGGCUGGCCUUGGUGACAAGCUGGUUUAGCUUUUGCUCCAGCACAGGGCAAACCAGCCCAUGCAUGGGAAGCCUUCGCUCCUGCCCUGCUCCCCAUUGUUGCACAGAGGGAAGGAGUCGGGAAGAUGCAGGUUGUGGGUCCCUUCAUCCAUCCGUGCUGCUCAUUGGUGCUCUGGGAGCCGAAAUCCAGCUCCCUGCUCCCUGUGGCCAUGGGAAAAGCUUUGUAGCCGUGGGCAUCCCACAUCCAACCCUGGGCAUGGAGCCCUGGCAGCACCCAUGCUUGGGGAGAAGGGCUCGAGAGCGGGGUCCCCUGCCGUGUUUGGGCUGUGACGGGCUCCCGGUGCUUUCCUCCCCCCAGCCCACGUCAGUGAAGCCAUGUCCUGGAGCCGUAACUUGCUGUGGUGUGUCCAAACACGGGUGGCAGAGGCAGGAUUUGUUCUGUGUCCCCAUCCCCAUCUCCUUGCCAAGGGCUCUAGGGAUGGCAUACCCCAGCGUGUCCCCCUGCCCUGUGCCACCGAGCACCCUGUUGGGCACCGGGACUUCAUCCCUGCGGAGAUUCUUCCCACCAGUGUCCAUCACUGUCACCCCACGCUGCCAACCAAGGGGCUGCAUCAUUUUUGGCUGCCCCUAAAAACUGGCCACUGGGAGAAAACAUCCCCAGGGGCAGCGCCAGGAGGCAGCUUUUUCAGCACUGAGUGCCCUAGAUGGGUUGUCCCCAAAAGUGGGGACACGUAGGGAUGUGCCACUGAGCUCCAGCCAUGGCAUUUAUGUUUCUGAGGCAGCGAAGGUGGAUGCCAUCCCAUCACCAGUCCCUUUGCUCCCAGGGGGGAGGGGUUUGCCCCUCACUUUUUGCACCAUAGCAUCUGGGGGGGUUGGGAAGGAUGCGGGGGGGGGGGACAGAGAGAUUUUGUGUGAGUACUACUUAUUUAUUUUUUUAAAAAAAUGCUUUUAAGUGGUUUUAGGUUCUUUUGAAUAAAUAAUAAUUAUUACAAAAAAAAAACAAAACAAAAAAAGGUGCACAUCUUGCUGCUGUAGAGUUCUCAGAGGGUUAAUUUCUUUAUAUAUAUAUAUAUAUCACAGUAAAUAUUUGUAUAAAAACAAAAGAGAAAUAGAGAUGUCUUUAAGUAAAUUAUUGCUUUUAAAGAAACUUCUAUGAUUGUACAGUGUUACCUGGGAGAAUAGAAUAAUAUAUACAGAUGUAUUUUUAAACUGCUGUGUAGGAGGAUGUGAACUGGGAUGGGGAGUGCCCGAGGCUGAAAGGGUGAGGGGGUUUUGGACCCUCCCCAGACCCUGUUCACUCACUCCCUGCCCCAAACCCUGCUAGUGAGGGUCUAGCUCUGGUGAGACGUCGUAAAUAUACUGUAUAGUCCUUGUCCUGGCCAUGGACCACGCUGGUACAUAGUGUAUUAAUAUUAUUUUUGCCUACCUGUGAGUGCUCUGAGCUACUGGUCUUUUUUCCUACCAUCAGGGAGCAUCAGGAAGGCUGCCCAGCCAUAGUUUCAAUCCCAUAAAUUGUCAAAGAAAGUGGUAAAAAAGAAAAACAAGGUGAAGGAAGCACUUCCCUUCCCUGGAGGGGUUGGGAAGGCACAGGGCUGCUCUCGGUGUGGGGUUUUGGUGUUGGUCACAGCACGGAUGAGCAGCAUCCCUGUGGGAAGGGGUUUGGAGUCCAGCGAGGGGAAAUGUCCCCCCCAAAACAGCCGCCUGCCAUUUCCUUCAGCGAACCGGCUCCAUCCUUGGAGUUAACUCCAGCAUUACACUUGAUCCUUGGAGGAUGGCAGGAGGCCGAGAAAGGAGAGAGCCGCUAAUCCUCCUGGCCAGCCUCCCGUAGGGUUUGCCCUCGGCCAGGGCUCGGGGCAGCUCUGGCAGCAGCAGCCACCCUGGUUGGGGACCAGGGGCUGGACCCGCUGCUGCUCCCACUUGGCUUCACCCCACAGAGAUGCACCAGUGAGAGCAGGAAGCCGCAGUCCUGCACCCCAAAUCCACCUCUGGAAAGAGCAUCCUGUGCCCUGCCAGGCACAGGGUCCCCACUGGGCCGGGCAGGGGGUGCCUGGGGCUGGGGGCUGUCGGGACAAGCCUUAGCUUCUCACAACCCAGUUUAGUGCACUUAGUCUUUUCAGGCUGGGACAAUCACUUAGCGCUCAACCUUCCGCGAUUCGGUGCCUGCUUGACCUUCAAACCUUUUGUAGGAGAUGAUUUCAGAGCCACCUUUUCUAUCUUUAAUAAGGCAGAACAAAUACGUUUAUUUUUAAACCCUCCUGCUCUUUCCUUUCCUCUCGUGCUGACAACCAAAAGAAUCCCCUCUGUGUGUUUCCCCCUCUCAUUUCUUGCACACUGCAAUGAGUGUGUGACAGCUGGGUGUGGCACUCCGGCCCCAUCCCGCUCUCACCCCCCCCCAGUUCAGGAAUGCUGCCACGGGGGGUUGGCACAGGGCAGGAUCCGGAUGCGUUAUGAGCAGGGGUGGGAUGUGGGAUGGUGCCCAACCCAGUGCUGCCCAUCACCUUGUCCACCAGCUGUGCACAGCUGUCCUGCUGCCCUCUCCCAGGGUGCCCAUCUUUCCUCCAUCCCCCCCAAACACACCCCAGUGCUCCUCCAGGCUUGGUCCCACGUGGUCUGGGGGCCGGGACCUGGAAUUAGUUCACACAGGCAGGUUGGCAGCUGGGAGCACUGGUUUCCCAGGGGUAAAACACUGAGUCUGUUCGCUGGGGUGAUGGUGGUAGAGAAGCCGAGGGAUGCAAUGAAGUAUCUGUACCUUUUCCACCUUUGGUGUUUCUCUGUCUCAUUGCACAUAUAUUUGAGAUAUAUGUGACAAUGUAUAUAUAUAUUUGUAAAAUGUAUUUCAGAUGACAAAACUGGCUAAUUUUAUGUUAUUUUAAAUAUAUUAUAUAUAUUAUAUAUAAGAGUCUCCAAAAGAUAUAAAUAGACUAGAGAAAAUAAUAUAAAUAUGUAAUAAAUGUAUUUUGAUCUAUUUAAAA